CGUGGAGUUUGGAUUCUGCCCUCCACACCGAUGAACAUAAUUUGAGUAGCUUCGGGUAGCUGAGCCUUUCAUUCUGGCCUGUGAGCGAGUAUUCAGUCAACUUUUACCUGCUGUCACCUUCUUGCUCCUAAUAGAGUACAAAAUGUUAACUCUCUUUGUGCUUUUGCUCUGCAUAACAUCUUCAUUUUCUGCUUCUACUAGAGGUGAGUUAUAUUUUUUUUUAAUGUACCGAUAUUUGUGAUUAAUAUGUUAUUGUAUAUUGUGUUGGUAUGUGAUUUGCUUAGAGAGUAUGUUAGAAGUUGGGCUCUAGGCCUACAGUCACUGACCUUGGAACUUCUGUCAUAAAACCUUUGAAUGGUCUUGCAACAGCCAAGAAACCAACAAAUCACUUUCACUGGAAAUUGAUGAUUUCACAACACAUGUUAGUUCCUAAAUUCAAUAGUCAAAUAUAUUUUCCUGGUGAUGUAAUUUGUAUACACAACCAAUAGUAAUUAGUCCCCUAAACAUUUGAGGUAACCUGCAGGGUAGAUAUUGUGGAUAUUACUGUAGUUGGUGGUAAAGUUGUUUUUUAGGUGCCAUAUCUAUUAAUCAUAGGCGAUAUGAAUGAAAUUAUUUCAUGUUCAACUUGGUCAGUAGAAACUGAGGCAGUUGACAAAGUGGUUGAAUACAGCUGUCUGUGGCAGAUUUUGUAUGUUUGAUUCAGCACUUGGUGAUGCAACCCGAAAGUGACACGUCAGUUUUGACUCAUGUCCUAAUGUCACUUCUUUUGGAAUGCUACACUGUAUUAGAGCAAUAGACCCACAAUGUUUACUGUCUCCAGUGUUGAUUGUGUCCAUCAUAAACGUAGACCAUAGUAGGUUUAGCUUACAAGGGUUCUCGUAAUAAUGACACAUUAUUACAAGCUGCAAUUGCACCAUCUUGAAGGGCUCACCUUCUGAAUCCAGAAUGCCUGACAGUAUGAAUGUAUAAAUAUUACUGUCUGUUUUUAAUCAUCUGCUACAGAGGAUAAGAUGUUUGGAAGUAUUUUGGCCAAAGCUACACAUGGUUUUACACAUGUUAUAGUCUCGUCCACCUGCCUGAUCUCUCUCUGUCGAACAGGUAGCAAUUAGCCAGGGCACCAGGUAACGUGUGUAAUGGUUAAACGAUUAAUUGUUGCCUAGCCAAGACAUUACACAUCUAACAGGGUAAUAAAUUGCUCCAAUCUGAACUCAAGAGCAUUCUUUUUAUGAUUGACAUACAAAAGGGGAAGUACUUGACUGCCACAAAGGAGAUGAUUUGAGGAAAAUACCUUAAUUCAAUCGCUGCUUAAUGGUAUUCAAUAUACCAACUAUUUUGUUUAGGAGAUGUUUUGACAGACAUCUCACUCAGAAGUGAGGGCCAUUUAGUGUUAAUCAGCUUGUUGACAUUGUGCAGUUACUGAUGAAAGACCUUGAUAUUUAUAUAGAGAAACACAGGUCUAAGUGAAUCUCAACCCUUUGCGGUCCUCAGUGAGUUUUAAGGGUCUCAGUAGCCAUGUUCAAACUGCACUUAGCCCAGGGCAAACAGAAAAGUGACACAUGAAUAUUAUACUCCAGAAAAGUGACAGUUGGUUUCAAUUAGCCAGGGUUAACAAAUGCUUGUGUAAAGGACGUUAAGCUGGCCCUGGGCUAAUUUUAACCCAGGGUUAAGGAUAGCCCUGGGCUAAGUGAAUGCAGUUUGAAAAGGCCUAGUGGGGCUCAGAAAGAAAACAGAUUGAGAACCCCUGCUCUGAGUCACUCAUAUCACUGAGUAUUCAUCUCACUGUAAAUUUUGAUCUCACGCUGCAAUUCCUGCAUGCCCCCUCUUGUUGUUUCAGGUGCUGGUGCUGCUGGACCCAGGCUGAACAAUGAUCGGUUGUACAAAUUCAGCUACACCACCGAGGUGCUGGUGGACAGGGCAAAGGGGUCAAAAGAUGGCAAUGCCGGCUAUAGGAUCUCCAGUGACGUGGAUGUCAACUUAGUGUGGAGAGACCCCAGCAGCAAGGACGACCAGCUCAUACAACUUGUGGUAAAUAAUCCCACAGCACCACCCCUCGCACCACCUCCUCACCCCGAACCUGACUGCUGAUAGCUACAUUAUUGAGGGAAAAAUGUACUUACUAUGACUGUGAUAUGUGGUUGUCCCACCUAGCUAUCUUAAGAUUAAUGCACUAACUGUAAGUCGCUCUUGAUAAGUGUCUGCUAAAUGACUCAAAUGUAAAUGACUGUUGGAUGGAUGUGCCUAAAUCCCCCUAAAACCCCAGCCCCUGCACCAUAUGGGUUUGUAUGGAUCUGAGAGGAUUGUCAAUAACACUACCUCGCCUUAUGAUAGCAUAGUUGGAAUUUUCACCAUAUCAUGUUGACCUAUCCAGUCUUUUCAGCUCUACACAAAUGCAGAGGGGGCAGGGAGUAGGGGGUAGGGAUUGAUUUAGGAUUCAUUCAGGGUCAGACUGAGAGCCUGUUUUUGUCAAACCUGGUUACAUGUUUCCCUGGGAUAUUGAAUUUAAAAAACCCACCUGUUGUUUUGGGAGGGUGCAAGUUGGAGUUUAUACAUGCAAAACAUUGUUUACAAUGUGAAAGAAAAGGAAACUCAACCACAUAUUGAUAUGAUCCUGGGAAAGAGGUUCUUAAUGUCCCCUGUAAUUGGCUCGAAUAGAAAAAAAAGCGUUGUCUGAUUGUAUAAAAAUAGUACUUAAGUUCUCAGACAGGCCCCUUAGGGAGUCUGUUUUUUUUCAAUUGUAUUUAUAAAGGCCUGGGUUCAAAUCGUAUUUGAAUUCUUUUAAAUACUUAAGUUGUGCUAAAUUGUGCUUGCCUGGCCCAAAAGCAGUCAUCUCAAAAGUGCCAACACGCCUGCCUGGCAUUCCAGACAGGCUAAACCAAACACUGACAGUUUUUGAAAGAUUUUAAAUACUAUUUCAACCUAAGUCUAUACCUUCCAUUCUGAUUGUAUUCUAUGGAGAAUAUUGAUAUUGAGCUGCUUGAAAUGUCCUAAGCUUUUUAGUCACUAACUUUUCCUCUGCCUUUUGAGGAACAUGCAUCCAUGUUAUAAAUUCUUUCAUUUUUUCUUAAUGUGACUAUGUCCUCCUCCUCCUCCAGAUCAUCUAACAAGCUCUUCCAUUCCCAUCCACAGAUCUCAAACGUGAAGAUAGCAAAUGUGGCCCCACGCUCAGCCAAGAAGAACAUAUUCCAGGGCGCCACAACGCAAAGCCUUCUUGGAGAGAAGAAGCUGGCAGCACUGGAAAGGCCGUUCAUGGUGCACCUGAAAAACGGAAAGGUAAGAGCUGUGGACGUUGCUUUGUUUACAUUUUUAAAUUUUAGUCAUUUAGCAGACGCUCUUAUCCAGAGCGACUUACAGUUAGUGAGUGCAUACAUAAUUUUUUGUAUUUUUCAUACUGGCCCCCCGUGGGAAUCGAACCCACAACCCUGGCGUUGCAAACGCCAUGCUCUACCAACUGAGUUACAUCCCUGCCGGCCAUUCCCUCCCCUACCCUGGACGACGCUGGGCCAAUUGUGCGCCGCCCAAUUCGAACCAGGAUCUCUAGUGGCACAGCUAGCACUGCGAUGCAGUGCCUUAGACCACUGUGCCACUCGGGAGAUUGUUUCUAUGGAAACAAACAGUUAUAAGACAUUAUAAAGGGGCUCAUUAAUGCUCAUAACUGGUCUUACAAAGAAUUAGAACUGCAUUAUACCUGCAGGCGUUAAGUAAAGUGUUACAGUACAUUUUUAUUGAUGCGUAAUGCGAAAUUAUUGAUUGAACUUAAGGCAGUUACUAGGAACAUGAAUGUCCUUUGGGUAUACUGUAGUGGAGAUGAUCUGCCAUAGGUACAGUGGGGAGAACAAGUAUUUGAUACACUGCCGAUUUUGCAGGUUUUCCUACUUACAAAGCAUGUAGAGGUCUAUAAUUUUUAUCAUAGGUACACUUCAACUGUGAGAGACGGAAUCUAAAACAAAAAUCCAGAAAAUCACAUUGUAUGAUUUCUAAGUAAUUAAUUUGCAUUUUAUUGCAUGACAUAAGUAUUUGAUACAUCAGAAAAGCAGAACUUAAUAUUUGGUACAGAAACCUUUGUUUGCAAUUACAGAGAUCAUACGUUUCCUGUAGGUCUUGACCAGGUUUGCACACACUGCAGAAGGGUUUUGGCCCACUCCUCCAUACAGACCUUCUCCAGAUCCUUCAGGUUUCGGGGCUGUCGCUGGGCAAUACGGACUUUCAGCUCCCUCCAAAGAUGUUCUAUUGGGUUCAGGUCUGGAGACUGGCUAGGCCACUCCAGGACCUUGAGAUGCUUCUUACGGAGCCACUCCUUAGUUGCCCUGGCUGUGUGUUUCGGGUCGUUGUCAUGCUGGAAGACCCAGCCACGACCCAUCUUCAAUGCUCUUAUUGAGGGAAGGAGGUUGUUGGCCAAGAUCUCGCGAUACAUGGCCCCAUCCAUCCUCCCCUCAAUACGGUGCAGUCGUCCUGUCCCCUUUGCAGAAAAGCAUCCCCAAAGAAUGAUGUUUCCACCUCCAUGCUUCACGGUUGGGAUGGUGUUCUUGGGGUUGUACUCAUCCUUCUUCUUCCUCCAAACACGGCGAGUGGAGUUUAGACCAAAAAGCUCUAUUUUUGUCUCAUCAGACCACAUGACCUUCUCCCAUUCCUCCUCUGGAUCAUCCAGAUGGUCAUUGGCAAACUUCAGACGGGCCUGGACAUGCGCUGGCUUGAGCAGGGGGACCAUGUAGUGGGGCGUAGUGUGUUACUAAUGGUUUUCUUUGAGACUGUGGUCCCAGCUCUCUUCAGGUCAUUGACCAGGUCCUGCUGUGUAGUUCUGGGCUGAUCCCUCACCUUCCUCAUGAUCAUUGAUGCCCCACGAGGUGAGAUCUUGCAUGGAGCCCCUGACCGAGGGUGAUUGACCGUCAUCUUGAACUUCUUCCAUUUUCUAAUAAUUGCGCCAACAGUUGUUGCCUUCUCACCAAGCUGCUUGCCUAUUGUCCUGUAGUCCAUCCCAGCCUUGUGCAGGUCUACAAUUUUAUCCCUGAUGUCUUUACACAGCUCUCUGGUCUUGGCCAUUGUGGAGAGGUUGGAGUCUGUUUGAUUGUGUGUGGGGACAGGUGUCUUUUAUACAGGUAACGAGUUCAAACAGGUGCAGUUAAUACAGGUAAUGAGUGGAGAACAGGAGGGCUUCUUAAAGAAAAACUAACAGGUCUGUGAGAGACGGAAUUCUUACUGGUUGGUAGGUGAUCAAAUACUUACAGUGGGGAAAAAAAGUAUUUAGUCAGCCACCAAUUGUGCAAGUUCUCCCACUUAAAAAGAUGAGAGAGGCCUGUAAUUUUCAUCAUAGGUACAUAUCAAUUAUGACAGACAAAUUGAAGAAAAAAAAUCCAGAAAAUCACAUUGUAGGAUUUUUUAUGAAUUUAUUUGCAAAUUAUGGUGGAAAAUAAGUAUUUCGUCACCUACAAACAAGCAAGAUUUCUGGCUCUCACAGACAUGUAACUUCUUCUUUAAGAGGCUCCUCUGUCCUCCACUCGUUACCUGUAUUAAUGGCACCUGUUUGAACUUGUUAUCAGUAUAAAAGACACCUGUCCACAUCCUCAAACAGUCACACUCCAAACUCCACUAUGGCCAAGACCAAAGAGCUGUCAAAGGACACCAGAAACAAAAUUGUAGACCUGCACCAGGCUGGGAAGACUGAAUCUGCAAUAGGUAAGCAGCUUGGUUUAAAGAAAUCAACUGUGGGAGCAAUUAUUAGGAAAUGGAAGACAUACAAGACCACUGAUAAUUUCCCUCGAUCUGGGGCUCCACGCAAGAUCUCACCCCGUGGGGUCAAAAUGAUCACAAGAACGGUGAGCAAAAAUCCCAGAACCACACGGGGGGGCCUAGUGAAUGACCUGCAGAGAGCUGGGACCAAAGCAACAAAGCCUACCAUCAGUAACACACUACGCCGCCAGGGACUCAAAUCCUGCAGUGCAAGACGUGUCCCCCUGCUUAAGCCAGUACAUGUCCAGGCCUGUCUGAAGUUUGCUAGAGUGCAUUUGGAUGAUCCAGAAGAGGAUUGGGAGAAUGUCAGAUGAAACCAAAAUAUAACUUUUUGGUAAAAACUCAACUCGUCGUGUUUGGAGGACAAAGAAUGCUGAGUUGCAUCCAAAGAACACCAUACCUACUGUGAAGCAUGGGGGUGGAAACAUCAUGCUUUGGGGCUGUUUUUCUGCAAAGGGACCAGGACGACUGAUCCGUGUAAAGGAAAGAAUGAAUGGGGCCAUGUAUUGUGAGAUUUUGAGUGAAAACCUCCUUCCAUCAGCAAGGGCAUUGAAGAUGAAACGUGGCUGGGUCUUUCAGUAUGACAAUGAUCCCAAACACACCGCCCGGGCAACGAAGGAGUGGCUUCGUAAGAAGCAUUUCAAGGUCCUGGAGUGGCCUAGCCAGUCUCCAGAUCUCAACCCCAUAGAAAAUCUUUGGAGGGAGUUGAAAGUCUGUGUUGCCCAGCGACAGCCCCAAAACAUCACUGCUCUAGAGGAGAUCUGCAUGGAGGAAUGGGCCAAAAUACCAGCAACAGUGUGUGAAAACCUUGUGAAGACUUACAGAAAACGUUUGACCUGUGUCAUUGCCAACAAAGGGUAUAUAACAAAGUAUUGAGAAACUUGUGUUAUUGACCAAAUACUUAUUUUCCACCAUAAUUUGCAAAUAAAUUCAUUAAAAAUCCUACAAUGUGAUUUUCUGGAUUUUUUUUUCUAAUUUUGUCUGUCAUAGUUGACGUGUACCUAUGAUGAAAAUUACAGGCCUCUCUCAUCUUUUUAAGUGGGAGAACUUGCACAAUUGGUGGCUGACUAAAUACUUUUUUUCCCCACUGUAUGUCAUGCAAUAAAAUACUAAUUAUUUACUUAAAAAUCAUACAACGUGAUUUUCUGGAUUUUUGUUUUAGAUUCCGUCUCUCACAGUUGAAGUGUACCUAUGAUAAAAAUUACAGACCUUAGAUUCUUUGUAAGUAGGAAAACCUGCAAAAUCGGCAGUGUAUCAAAUACAUGUUCUCCCCACUGUAUAUGUAGUAAAAUGUAUAGGUAGUAGGAUGUUUAAUUGUUACCAGAAGUAUACUUGAUAUACUACAAAUAGCUAUUUUUCUAUCAUUGUAGUACUUUUGCUGUUAUAUCUUCAUAGGUCAAUAGUCAUAAAAGUAUUGUUUAAUUUUACAUUUAUUUCUAUAUCAACCAUCACUUUUACUAUAAUCAGUCAAGCUAAAAAAUACUAAAUCUAGUAUGGGAGCCAUUUCUGGAGCAUAAUUGAUGACAUCCGUAUUGCCGGGGACUAUUAAUGGAGCAGUAAUUGGCAAUGUGUUAGUGUGGUGACGCUGGAAGGGGAAAUACCAGACAGAUGGUGUGUACGUGCAAAGUCAAUCCUUCAGAUUGCCAGCCGGCCGGUUAUCAGAUCCCACGGGAGACUAGUGUGGGGGCAUUGGCGUGGCAAAGUAGCACCAUUUCUUGAUGACAAAGACAGGGUGAGAUGAAUACCGGUUGAUCAGUGGAUAUCCUGUCUUGUACUGUGGUUGAAUGCAUUGUGAUCAGCUAAAUCUGUUAUGAAAAUAGUAAGAAUUUAGCACUGGACUGUACAUAUUGAAACUAAAUGUAUCUCAUAGUAUUACAAACUAUAAUAAGUGAUUACAUACACUCACCGGCCAGUUUAUUAGGUACACCCAUCUAGUAACGGGUCAGACCCCCUUUGCGUUCCUUAGGGAUGUUCCACAGGGAUGUUGGUCUAUGCUGACUCGAUGGCAUCACGAAGUUGAUGCAGAUUGGACGCCUGUUAUCUUAUCCUUGGACCUCUCUCAUCAACAAGCUCAUUUCGCCCAAAGUACUGCCGUUGACUGGAUGUUUUUGUUUGUCGAACCAUUCUCGGUAAACCCUAGUCACAGUCAUGCGUGAAAAACCCAGGAUGGCGGCCAUUUCUGAGAUACUUGAUCCAGCACGCCUGGCAACGACGAUCAUACCAUGCUCAAAGUCGCUUAGGUCACUUGUUUUACCCAUUCUAACGUUCAAUCAAACAGUAAUAGAAUGCAUUGAUGCCUGUCUGCCUGCUUUAUAUUACAAGCCACGGCCACGUGAUUCACUGUCUGUAGGAGCGAUCCAUUUUCGUGAUCAGGGUGGUGUACCUAAUAAAAGAUAAUGAAAGAGUGACAAGAUUUUGAAACUUUUGUGAUAAUGGUGACCUUAGGGUGACAAUGUGUUUGUUUGUUUUUACUACAAUGUGAUUUAUUGUUGACAACCUUCGUACUUCUGUAUUGUAUUUUGGACUUUUAUUGGUGCAGUCUCUGCUAUGUUAGACAUGGUUUUUCAAAUAAAGCUUUCUAUUUCUCCGAGUUGAUAAAGGCUGAAUAUGGACAAAUAAGGUUAAAGAAAGUUAUAGUCUUCAACAAAUAUAUUAAAUAUAGCCUAAUCAAUCUAGUAAUUUAAUCUAAACCUCAAAGUGUGGUUUACAGUAUGAUGCCCUGAGUUGAGUGGAAUACGCUGUGAAAGUGAAUAAGACAUUUGUUUGAUAGUGUCUGACUGCGGAAUGUGUCUUGGGUUGCGUUCCUUGCCAAGAAAAUGACACUCUUAUUGGCCCCUGCUCCAAGCCAUGGGCAUACCUUGCCAAGAGAAAAGGAACUCCCUCGCAAGGAACACCCUCAAGACGCAGUCCACAGUCAGACCCUACGUAGUCAGACCCUUUUCCAUUUGUUGACAUCUCCAUCAUUAUCUGAGACACUUAGAUCAUGUUAAUCUGAGAAAACUACAGCUAAUUUCACUGUUCUGUCGCUUGACUCUAGUGCAUUGUUACUAUGCACGCUUUAAGCAAAUAAGAAGUCACUUUUGUAUCGUAUUGACUUGUUUGUUGUUCCAUGCCUCUGUUUCAGGUGAGCAGCUUUUACAGCUAUAAGGCGGAGCCUGCUUCCAUUAAGAACUUGAAGAGGGGUGUGGCCAGCCUGCUACAGGUGCAAUCCAGAUCUGGGAAGGUCAUAGAGGUAAAUGAGAACCAAUACAUAUACAGUUACAGGAAAUCGUGGAAACGUUUUUAUUUUUACUCUGCAGUCCUAUUUUAGCAGGCACUUACUAAGAGAUGAUGUGAUAACUUUUGAGUAAUUUUUAACAAACUCAAUUGGUAACCACCGCAGUGUACCAAAUUGAUUAUAUAUAUGAUUUUUGUUUCAAUGAUUCCUAGAGAAACCAAAAAGUAAUUAUAAGGGGAUAAUCAUGUAAUGACCAUUUUAUCAUGUCAUAAAAAUUAAAAAUUAAAUAAAUAAUGCACUGUAAAAUAAAUGUUUGACCAAAAACACAGUCAUAAGUUUGCAAUGAAUUCUCUAUGUAAAUCAUUCGACUAAUUGCUUCAAAACAUUUUUCAAUGGUUUGCUGUAUGAGUACUUUUUGUUGGCUGACUGAUCUGUCUGGUCUGGGAACAGAAUGACGUGUCCGGGAGGUGUACGGUAGAGUACAAGGCUGCCCAGGGCCAGGUGACAAGGACCAAGGCUUUGGAGACCUGCAAGACCGCAGAGACCGGCUUCACUACCUACAUUCAGGUCCUGGGCGUGAGUGGGGAGUCCAGCUCUGUCACUGUUUUCACCCUGGAGGAUGGCUUCAUUAAGUCAGCCAUAGCCAAGGAGACUCACAUCUUAGCAGUCAAUGCACGCCGCACCACCGCAGCUAAAAUAGUGUCCAGGUAAAGAAUUCUGCUGUAAACUUUGAGGCAAUAGAUUUUUUUUCUUCUUCUUUUGUUUACUUAAUUAAUCCAUCACAUGCAUUCUUUCAGUGUGAAAGUAGUUGUUUUUUCACUUAUUGAUUGAAUAGGCUUUCUGAAAACAUCAAUUGCAAGGAACAGAAACUGAUUGAUUUGAUGGAUUUGUUCGUUUAUAUGGUCCUCAGGCAAAGCUUGACACUGGUAACAAUUGAGACUGGGCCGUUUGAAGCUGCUGGGAAGAAUGUCGCCAGUGUUGUCAAAUCACUGGAUGAGAAAUUGUUUGCUGUUGGUGUGGCAGCUGAGAAGGUCAAAUCCCAAUGCAAGGGCUGUCAAUCGGUAAGUGGUUGUGAGAAGCAAUAAAGUAAAGAAAGUGCUUCCCGUUGUUUUCAACCUUGGAACACUGACUUUUUCCUCUGAAAGGUUCCAAUAUAACAUAUCUUCAAUUCAGCUUUUGUAUUGACUGCCAAACCAAAUGCUUCAAAAAUUACUCUUUACUAAAGAAUAAGUAAAAAGGGCAGAGGAAAACUGUACUGUGCUGGCCUGGUUGAUUGCUGGAAUGGUGCUAGAAUGAAAUGAUCAGUGCCAGCACAGUACGGGGUGUUACAAUAGUGUGAAAAGCCCUUAUGUGUAGUCUGAAUUUACCAACACUAUACCACACUAUCGAUACAUGUCCUUGCUGACCAAACAUAUAAUUAAGAAAUUACUAUUUUUCCUUUAUUUUCCUCUUCUUUGCCCAUCCCGCUAGCUGUUUGAGCACUGGCAGGCAGUCCAGAAGCAGUUUGAACCAGAUAGCUUGUCAAAGGCCAUCGCUCCCCGAAGCUUCCUGGCUCUCAUCCAGAGCAUAAGGAAAGCCUCCAAGGACGAGAUCCUCCAAGUGCUGAAGAGCUCCAGCAAGACUGCCCUGUAAGGCCUAGCACUUACUCACUUCUCUGUCUCUCUCUCCCUCCUUUUUUUUCUCUUUCUGUCUGCCUCUUUCUCUCCUCUUUUUUUCUAUUUUUGUCUUUCCCUCUUCAGUCAGUCUUUCUUCUCUCUAUUUUCACUUCUCUUCUAUCGCUCUUUCUCUUCUCAAUCUCUCAUUUUCUCUUUUUCUGUAUGUGUCUCUCUUUUUCUCUCUCUCUCAGGCUGUGAUGCUUUCUUAUGAGAUGUAGAGACUCCUCAACCCAUUUCCUUGCUGUCUGUCUCACGCCCCAUGUUUAUUUUGCCAGAGCCUCAUAGUGCACUAUAUAGGGAAUAUGGCACCAUUUUGGAUAUGACUUCUGACUCACCACCUCUCUCCAACUCUCUCGGGGUCUGCAGACCUCAGGUGGUGGACGCCGUGACCUCGUCCCAGACGCCCGCAUCCCUGGACGCCAUGCUGCAGUUCCUCAACUUUGCCGACCCCAAAGGCCUGGUUUUGCAGGAGAGGUUCCUGUACGCCUGCGGCUUCGCCUCGCACCCCAACGAGAGAAUGCUCCAGGCUUUGGUGGUGAGUGGCCAAUGGCUGCCUCUUGCUCAAACUCUACAAUCUUAGGGUGCAUUCAAACCAAAAUGAUUUAAAUGCAUGUCGAACACAGCAGGAUGGGGAGAAAUUAUUCGGUAAAAAGUCAGUUCUACGUUUUCAAUUGGUUAGACAGAUACGUCAUUGUGACUUCUGACCGACAGCGCAACACAACACUAGACCCUCCCCCAACGCACUGCUCCCAGUUAAAAUCAUUGAGUUAUUUACGUAUCAGUUUUUUUCUGGUUUGAAAGCACCCUUAUGCUCAUCAUCAGGGCAAUAUUCAGUAAGCACAUUAGCAGAACGUUUUACAACCUUACAUUUACAUUUUAGUCAUUUAGCAGACACUCUUAUCUAGAGCGACCUACAGUUAGUGCAAUCAUCUUAAGAUAGCUAGGUGGGACAACCACAUAUCACAGGCAUAGAAAGUACAUUUUUCCUCAAUAACGUAGCUAUCAGUAGAGUCAGAGCUAGAAGGGGGGGGGGGGGUCAACUGCAAGUGUUGGUAAAUUAAUUAAUUAAUUAAAUAAAAAUAUAUAUUUUUUUUCAACCUUGCCAUUUGAAUAUGAUCACGACCCAGCUCUCUCAAUGCACCCUUCAUGACAUUGUUGAUUGUAGCAUUUCUGUGGCUCAAUCUGACUAUGUCCUGUGGUGCGAUAAAGGAAAUAACACACACACACACACACAGAUUUUGUGGGGCAGUGGUUUCUCUUUCUCUUAGAUUUUGCACCUACUCUUCCUCUCAAACGACUUUGAGAGGAAGUUGCAAUUAUAUUUAAAAUUGUUUUUUUUUGUGUACUGUAUGAUGAUAAAACAUAUGACAAUAAUGACACGCAUUGUUUUUUCAGGACAUUUCAAAGGGCAAGAUUGGCAGUAACGACAUCAAAGAAUCGGUGGUGAUCAUCAUGGGUGCCCUUGUGCACAAGCUCUGUCAGAAAGGAGGUUGUGAGCUACCAGUGAGUAAAGUUAUCGAAUAUGUUUGAGCCUAUGACUGUAAUGAUGGAAUCGUACAAAACUAAUUCUUAAAGGGAUUAACACAUUUUUGAAAACUUCAUAUUCAUCAUCUUCAGCACCACCCCAACAUCAACAUAUGUGAAAAUGGCGUGUUUCUACGUUUUAUAGUUCAAAAGAUGGAGGAAGAUAAGUGUUUCCGAUGACAUCAUCUGGUGUGCAUCAUGUGGUUUUAACCAACUAUGAGUAGGCAUUGUCUCGAUGAAUAUGAAGUAGAAAUUUGUUUUAAUGUCCCUUUUAAGCAAUUUAAUCAUCUUCAACCAAGAAAAUACUGAUUGGACUUUUUUAACUGAGCCAGAAAUACCUUAUUUUUAUUGUAAUGUCAGACUGGAAUUGUGAAGUGAGACGUAGCUGUGUCUGAUGGUUUAAAAAUAUACAGAAAUGAUCCCUCUAUGAUUCUCAUGUGAAAUGCACCAAAGAAAGUCAUAAUAUCUUAAAAGGAACUAUACAAUGGCUGAUUCAUUGUGUGUGUUUUUGUCCCAUGUCCAACCCAGACUGUGGUUGAGGUGAAGAAGAUGAUUCUGGAAGGUCCCGACAGUACGCAGGCAGAGUCAGACGUUCAGAUGUACCUGCUAGCGCUGAAGAACUCCCUGUUGCCCGAGGCCAUUCCCCUGUUUUCCAAAUACGCUGAGUCGGAGGUCGGGGCCUACUGCACCAUCUCCCUCACAGCCCUGCAGAGAUACGACGUCGCUCUCAUCACAGACGAGGUAAGGCCAUUUGACGUCUAAAUUCACAAGGGAAUUGCCUGAUAACCAUUCAUGAGGGAAGCUGGAUUGCCAUUCCCAGAGCCAUAUAUUUAGAUAUAUUUAUCUUAUUUCGAUAUACACUGAGAUUACCAAAAGUAUGUGGACACCUGCUGUAACGUAACAAAAUGUGGAAAAGUCAUAUACUGUUGUAUAUACCAACCAUGGUAGAGUGGCCAGAUGGAAGCCACUCCUCAGUAAAAGGCACAUGACAGCCCGCUUGGAGUUUGCCAAAAGGCACCUAAAGCACUCUCAGACCAUGAGAAACAAGAUUCUCUGGUCUGAUGAAACCAAGAUUGAACUCUUUGGCCUGAAUGCCAAGCCUCACGUCUGAAGGAAACCUGGCACAAUCUCUACGGUGAAGCAUGGUGGUGGCAGCAUCAUGCUGUGGGGAUGUUUUUCAGCGGCAGUGACUGGGAGACUAGUCAGGAUUGAGGGAAAGACAAGUACAGAGAAUUCCUUGAUGAAAACCUGCUCCAGAGCUCUCAGGACCUCAGCCAAGACAUUGCAGGAGUGGCUUCGGGACAAGUGUCUGAAUGUCCUUGAGUGGCCCAACCAGUGCCCGGACUUGAACCCGAUAGAACAUCUCUGGAGAGACCUGAAAAUAGCUGUGCAGCAACGCUCCCCAUCCAACCUGACAGAGCUUGAGAUGAUCUGCAGAGAAGAAUGGGAGAAACUCCACAAAUACAGGUGCGCCAAGCUUGUAGCGUCAUACCCAAGAAGAUUAGAGACUGUAAUUGCUGCCAAAGGUGCUUCAACAAAGUACUGAGUAAAGGGUCUGAAUACUUAUGUAAAUGUGAUAUUGAGGGGGAACAAAUAAUUUAAUACAUUUUAGAAUAAGGCUGUAACCUAACAAAAUGUGGAAAAGUCAAGGGGUCUGAAUACUUUCCGAAUGCUCUCUCUCGCUCUCAUUUAUUUAUUUAUAUAAUAUAUAUAUAUAUAUACACUACCGUUCAAAGGUUUGGGGUCACUUAGACAUGUCCAUUUAAAAUAACAUCAAAUUGAUCAGAAAUACAGUGUAGACAUUGUUAAUGUUGUAAAUGGCUAUUGUAGCUGGAAACUGCUGUUUUUUUUAUGGAAUAUCUACAUAGGCGUACAGAGGCCCAUUAUCAGCAACCAUCAGUCCUGUGUUCCAAUGGCACGUUGUGUUUGCUAAUCCAAGUUUAUCAUUUUAAAAGGCUAAUUGAUCAUUAGAAAACCCUUUUGCAAUUAUGUUAGCACAGCUGAAAACUGUUGUGCUGUUUAAAGAAGCAAUAAAACUGGCCUUCUUGAGACUAGUUGAGUAUCUGGAGCAUCAGCAAUUGUGGGUUCGAUUACAGGCUCAAAAUGGCCAGAAACAAAGACAAUUCUUCUGAAACUUGUCAGUCUAUUCUUGUUCUGAGAAAUUAAGGCUAUACCAUGCGAGAAAUUGGCAAGAAACUGAAGAUCUUGUACAACGCUGUGUACUACUCCCUUCACAGAACAGCGCAAACUGUCUCUAACCAGAAUAGAAAGAGGAGUGCGAGGCCCCAGUGCAAAACUGAGCAAGAGGACAAAUACAUUAGUGUCUAGUUUGAGGAACAGACACCUCACUGGUCCUCAACUGGCAGCUUCAUUAAAUAGUACCCGCAAAACCCCAGUCUCAACGUCAACAGUGAAGAGGCGACUCCGGGAUGCUAACCUUCAAGGCAGAGUUGCAAAGAAAAAGCCAUAUCUCAGACUGGCCAAUGAAAAUAAAAUAUUAAGAUGGGCAAAAGAACACAGACACUGGACAGAGGAAGAUUGGAAAAAAGUGUUAUGGACAGACGAAUCGAAGUUUGAGGUGUUCGGAUCACAAAGAAGAACAUUUUUGAUACGCAGACCAAAUGAAAAGAUGCUGGAGGAGUGCUUGAUGCCAUCUAUCAAGCAUGGUGGAGGCAAUGUGAUGGUCUGGGUGUGCUUUGGUGGUGGUAAAGUGGGAGAUUUGUACAGGGUAAAAGGGAUCUUGAAGAAGGAAGGCUAUCACUCCAUUUUGCAAUGCCAUGCCAUACCCUGUGGACGGCGCUUGAUCGUAGCCAAUUUCCUCCUACAACAGGACAAUGACCCAAAGCACAGCUCCAAACUAUGCAAUAACUAUUUAGAGAAGAAGCAGUCAGCUGGUAUUCUGUCUAUAAUAGAGUGGCCAGCACAGUCACCGGAUCUCAAACCUAUUGAGCUGUUGUGGGAGCAGCUUGACCGUAUGGUACGUAAGAAGUGCCCAUCAAGCCAAUCCAACUUGUGGGAGGUGCUUCAGGAAGCAUGGGGUGAAAUCUCUUCAGAUGACCUCAACAAAUUGACAACUAGAAUGCCAAAGGUCUGUAAGGCUGUAAUUGCUGCAAAUGGAGGAUUAUUUGACGAAAGCUAAUUUUGAAGGACACUCAUUAUUUCUAACCUUGUCAAUGACUACAUUUCCUAUUCAUUUUGCUAUAUUUCCUAUUCAAACUCAUUUCAUGUAUGUUUUCAUGGAAACCAAGGAAAUAUCUAAGUGACCCCAAACUUUUGAACUGUAGUGAACACAUAUGGAAUCAAAAAAGUGUUAAACAAAUCAAAAUAUAUUUUAUAUUUGAGAUUCUUCAAAUAGCCACCCUUUGCCUUGAUGACAGCUUUGCACACUCUUGGCAUUCUCUCAACCAGCUUCAUGAGGUUGUCACCUGGAAUACAUUUCAAUUAACAGGUGUGCCUUCUUCAAAGUUAAUUUGUGGAAUUUCUUUUCUUCUUAAGGCGUUUGAACCAAUCAAUUGUGUUGUGACAAGGUAGGGGGUGGAUGUACAGAAGACAGCCCUAUUUGGUAAAAGACCAAGUCCAUAUUAUUUCAAGAACAGCUCAAAUAAGCAAAGAGAAAUGACAGUCCAUCAUUACUUUUAAGACAUGAAGGUCAGUCAAUACGGAAACUUUCAAGAACUUUGAAAGUUUCUUCAAGUGCAGUCGCAAAAACCAUCAAGUGCUAUGAUGAAACUGGCUCUCAUGAGGACCAGCACAGGAAAGGAAGACCCAGAGUUAACACUGAUACAGAGGAUAAGUUCAUUAGAGUUACCAGCCUCAGAAAUUGAAGCCCAAAUAAAUGUUCAAGUCACAGACACAUCUCAACAUUAACUGUGCAGAGGGGACUGUGUGAAUCAGGCCUUCGUGGUCGAAUUGCUGCAAAGAAACCACUACUAAAGGACACCAAUAAUAAGAAGAGACCUGCUUGGGCCAAGAAACACGAGCAAUGGACAUUAGACCGGUGGACAUUUGUUGUUUGGUCUGGAAUCCAAAUGUGAGAUUUUAGGUUCCAACCACUGUGUCUUUGUGAGACACGGUGUGGGUGAACGGAUGAUCUCCGUAUGUUUAAAUAAUAUAAUAAUAUGCCAUUUAGCAGACGCUUUUAUCCAAAGCGACUUACAGUCAUGUGUGCAUACAUUUUUACGUAUGGGUGGUCCCGGGGAUCGAACCCACUACCCUGGCGUUACAAGCGCCAUGCUCUACCAAUUGAGCUACAGAGGUAAUUCCCACCGUAAAGCAUGGAGGAGGAGGUGUUAUGGUGUGGGGGUGCUUUUCUGGUGACACUGUCUGUGAUUUAUUUAGAAUUCAAGGCACACUUAACCAGCAUGGCUACUACAGCAUUCUGCAGCGAUACGCCAUCCCAUCUGGUUUGGUCUUAGUGGGACUAUCAUUUGUUUUUCAACAGGACAAUGACCCAACACACCUCCAGGCUGUGUAAGGGCUAUUUUACCAAGAAGGAGAGUGAUGGAGUGCUGCAUCAGAUGACCUGGCCUCCACCAUCCCCUGACCUCAACCCAAUUGAGAUGGUUUGGGAUGAGUCGGACAGCAGAGUGAAGGAAAAGCAGCCAACAAGUGCUCAGCAUAUGUGGGAACUCCUUUCAAGAGUGUUGGAAAAGCAUUCUAGGUGAAGCUGGUUGAGAGAAUGCCAAUGCUUUGCACACAGCUGUCAUCAAGGCAAAGGGUGGCUAUUUGAAGAAUCUCAAAUAUAUCAUAUACAGUGAGGGAAAAAUAUAUUUGAUCCCCUGCUGAUUUUGUACGUUUGCCCACUGACAAAGAAAUGAUUAGUCUAUAAUUUUAAUGGUAGGUUUGAUUGAACAGUGAGAGACAGAAUAACAACAAAAAAAUCCAGAAAAACACAUGUCAAAAAUGUUAUAAAUUGAUUUGCAUUUUAAUGAGGGAAAUAAGUAUUUGACCCCCUCUCAAUCAGAAUGAUUUCUGGCUCUCAGGUGUCUUUUUAUACAGGUAACGAGCUGAGAUUAGGAGCACACUCUUAAAGGGAGUGCUCCUAAUCUCAGUUUGUUACCUGUAUAAAAGACACCUGUCCACAGAAGCAAUCAAUCAAUCAGAUUCCAAACUCUCCACCAUGGCCAAGACCAAAGAGCUCUCCAAGGAUGUCAGGGACAAGAUUGUAGACCUACACAAGGCUGAAAUGGGCUACAAGACCAUCGCCAAGCAGCUUGGUGAGAAGGUGACAACAGUUGGUGCGAUUAUUUGCAAAUGGAAGAAACACAAAAGAACUGUCAAUCUCCCUCGGCCUGGGGCUCCAUGCAAGAUCUCACCUCGUGGAGUUGCAAUGAUCAUGAGAACGGUGAGGAAUCAGCCCAGAACUACACGGGAGGAUCUUGUCAAUGAUCUCAAGGCAGCUGGGACGAUAAUCACCAAGAAAACAAUUGGUAACACACUAUGCCGUGAAGGACUGACAUUUUGCAGCGCCCACAAGGUCCCCCUGCUCAAGAAAGCACAUAUACAGGGCCGUCUGAAGUUUGCCAAUGAACAUCUGAAUGAAUCAGAGGAGAACUGGGUGAAAGUGUUGUGGUCAGAUGAGACCAAAAUCGAGCUCUUUGGCAUCAACUCAACUCGCCGUGUUUGGAGGAGGAGGAAUGCUGCCUAUGACCCCAAGAACACCAUCCCCAUCAUCAAACAUGGAGGUGGAAACAUUAUGCUUUGGGGGUGUUUUUCUGCUAAGGGGACAGGACAACUUCACCGCAUCAAAGGGACGAUGGACGGGGCCAUGUACCGUCAAAUCUUGGGUGAGAACCUCCUUCCCUCAGCCAGGGCAUUGAAUAUGGGUCGUGGAUGGGUAUUCCAGCAUGACAAUGACCCAAAACACACGGCCAAGGCAACAAAGGAGUGGCUCAAGAAGAAGCACAUUAAGGUCCUGGAGUGGCCUAGCCAGUCUCCAGACCUUAAUCCCAUAGAAAAUCUGUGGAGGGAGCUGAAGGUUUGAGUUGCCAAACGUCAGCCUCGAAACCUUAAUGACUUGGAGAAGAUCUGCAAAGAGGAGUGGGACAAAAUCCCUCCUGAGAUGUGUGCAAACCUGGUGGCCAACUACAAGAAACAUCUGACCUGUGUGAUUGCCAACAAGGGUUUUGCCACCAAGUACUAAGUCAUGUUUUGCAGAGGGGUCGAAUACUUAUUUCCCUCAUAAAAAUGCAAAUAAAUUAAUAACAUUUUUGACAUACGUUUUUCUGGAUUUUGUUGUUGUUAUUCUGUCUCUCACUGUUCAAAUAAACCUACCAUUAAAAUUAUAGACUGAUCAUGUCUUUGUCAGUUGGCAAACCUACAAAAUCAGCAGGGGAUCAAAUACUUUUUUCCCUCACCGUGUGUGUAAAUAUAUAUAUAUAUAUAUAUAUAUAUAUAUAUAUAUAUAUAUAUAUAUAUAUAUAUAUAUAUAUAUAUAUAUAUAUAUAUAUAUAUAUAUACAGUGGGGAAAAAAAGUAUUUAGUCAGCCACCAAUUGUGCAAGUUCUCCCACUUAAAAAGAUGAGAGAGGCCUGUAAUUUUCAUCAUAGGUACACAGGUAAAAAUCCAGAAAAUCACAUUGUAGGAUUUUUAAUGAAUUUAUUUGCAAAUUAUGGUGGAAAAUAAGUAUUUGGUCAAUAACAAAAGUUUCUCAAUACUUUGUUAUAUACCCUUUGUUGGCAAUGACACAGGUCAAACGUUUUCUGUAAGUCUUCACAAGGUUUUCACACACUGUUGCUGGUAUUUUGGCCCAUUCCUCCAUGCAGAUCUCCUCUAGAGCAGUGAUGUUUUGGGGCUGUCGCUGGGCAACACGGACUUUCAACUCCCUCCAAAGAUUUUCUAUGGGGUUGAGAUCUGGAGACUGGCUAGGGCACUCCAGGACCUUGAAAUGCUUCUUACGAAGCCACUCCUUUGUUGCCCGGGCGGUGUGUUUGGGAUCAUUGUCAUGCUGAAAGACCCAGCCACGUUUCAUCUUCAAUGCCCUUGCUGAUGGAAGAAGGUUUUCACUCAAAAUCUCACGAUACAUGGCCCCAUUCAUUCUUUCCUUUACACGGAUCAGUCGUCCUGGUCCCUUUGCAGAAAAACAGCCCCAAAGCAUGAUGUUUCCACCCCCAUGCUUCACAGUAGGUAUGGUGUUCUUUGGAUGCAACUCAGCAUUCUUUGUCCUCCAAACACGACGAGUUGAGUUUUUACCAAAAUGUUUUAUUUUGGUUUCAUCUGACCAUAUGACAUUCUCCCAAUCCUCUUCUGGAUCAUCCAAAUGCACUCUAGCAAACUUCAGACGGGCCUGGACAUGUACUGGCUUAAGCAGGAGGACACGUCUGGCACUGCAGGAUUUGAGUCCCUGGCGGCGUAGUGUGUUACUGAUGGUAGGCUUUGUUACUUUGGUCCCAGCUCUCUGCAGGUCAUUCACUAGGUCCCCCCGUGUGGUUCUGGGAUUUUUGCUCACCGUUCUUCUGAUCAUUUUGACCCCACGGGGUGAGAUCUUGCGUGGAGCCCCAGAUCGAGGGAGAUUAUCAGUGGUCUUGUAUGUCUUCCAUUUCCUAAUAAUUGCUCCCACAGUUGAUUUCUUCAAACCAAGCUGCUUUCCUAUUGCAGAUUCAGUCUUCCCAGCCUGGUGCAGGUCUACAAUUUUGUUUCUGGUGUCCUUUGACAGCUCUUUGGUCUUGGCCAUAGUGGAGUUUGGAGUGUGACUGUUUGAGGUUGUGGACAGGUGUCUUUUAUACUGAUAACAAGUUCAAACAGGUGCCAUUAAUACAGGUAACGAGUGGAGGACAGAGGAGCCUCUUAAAGAAGAAGUUACAGGUCUGUGAGAGUCAGAAAUCUUGCUUGUUUGUAGGUGACCAAAUACUUAUUUUCCACCAUCAUUUGCAAAUAAAUUCAUCAAAAAUCCUACAAUGUGAUUUUAUGGAGAAAAAAAAUCUCAAUUUGUCUGUCAUAGUUGACAUGUACCUAUGAUGAAAAUUACAGGCCUCUCUCAUCUUUUUAAGUGGGAGAAUUUGCACAAUUGGUGGCUGACUAAAUACUUUUUUCCCCCACUGUAUAUAUGUAUAUAUACAGGUGUGUGCCUUUCCAAAUCAUGUCCAAUCAAUUGAAUUUACCACAGGUGGACUCCAAUCAAGUUGUAGAAACAUCUCAAGGAUGAUCAAUGGAAAAAGGAUGCACCUGAGCUCAAUUUCGAGUCUCAUAGCAGAGGGUCUGAAUACUUAUAUAAAUAAAGUAUUUCAGUUUUGUAUUUUUAAUGAAUUUGCAAAAAUGUCUAAAAACCUGUUUUCACUUUGUCAUUAUGGGGUAUUGUGUGUAGAUUGCUGAGUUUGUUUAUUUUUAUUUAAUCAAUUUUAAUAUAAUAAGGCUGUAAUGUAAUAAAAUGUGGAAAAAGUCAAGGGGUCUGAAUACUUUCCGAAGGCACUGUAUAUAAUAGUAUUUUCAGAUUUGAUUGAACAGAUAGAUGAUAGCAGUGUGGAACUAUAGUGAGAAGUCGUGUAAAAGGGCAGUAGGUCGGGUUCAAACUCAUGCCGACAUCGUAGACAUGUGUGCCCGGAGAUUGCGGCAUUAGCGCUAGACCAGCCUGGCAACCAAAACUGAUAUUUUAAACUGUUGUCGUGCCUCACUCCAUUUCAGGUGAAGCAGACAGUGAACCGAGUUUACCACCAGAACCGCCGGGUCUACGAGAAGAAUGUGAGGGCAGCAGCCGCGGACGUGGUCCUCAGCAGCAACCCCUCAUACAUGGAGGUGAAGAACGUGCUCCUGUCCAUCGGAAACCUGCCCAAAGAGUUGAACAAGUACAUGCUUUCCAAGGUCAAGGACAUCCUCCACUUUGAAAUGCCUGCCAGGUGGGUGAUGGGAUUUACAUUUGAUUUGAUGAUUUGUGGGUAUUUUCAUUUUAUUCAGACAGAAAUAGCACUAAAUGAGUGGGGAGACUAGCGGUGGGGCUGGGAUUCGUACCCACACUGGGGUGAUGUAUAUGUGGUGCAGGCAGUGGCGUUACUUGCUAGACCAGCAGGCACUCAUUAGAUUUUAUUUAUUUGACAAUUAAAAACCUAAGUUGAAGGCAGGCAUUACUUACAGUGAGCUCCAAAAGUAUUGGGACAGUAACACAUUUUGUUGUUGUUUUGGCUCUGUACUCCAGCACUUGGGAUUUGAAAUGAUACAAUGAUUAUGAGGUUAAAGUGCAGACUGUCAGCUUUAAUUUGAGGGUAUUUCCAUCCAUAUCAGGUGAACCGUUUAGAAAUUACAGCAAUUUUUGUAGUCCUCCCAUUUUAGGGGACCUGAGUGUACAAAACAUAAAGAAUAGCCCCCCCAACCCUCCUCAUAAUAGCCUCAAUUCAUUGGGGCAUUGUCUCUACAAGGUGUCGAAAGCGUUCCACAGGGAUGCUGGCCCAUGUUGGACUCCAAUGCUUCCCACAGUUGUCAAGUUGGCUGAAUGUCCUUUGGGUGGUGGACCAUUCUUGAUACACACGGGAAACGGUUGAGCGUGAAAAACCCAGCAGCGUUGCAGUUCUUGACACAAACCGGUGGUACCUACUACCAGUCCGGUCUCGAGACCACAUAUUGAGUGUCUUGGUGUCGGAUACAUUUGUACUUGGUCUUGACUCUGUCUCGGACAGUGAGGACUCGUAAUUUCUUGCCGAGACCAGCGGAGUAAAAAACUCAUAAUUAUCAGCUUUCAUUUAGUCAGUGCAUAAAACCGCUUCGCCAGGCCAACUAUAUGCACUCCUUUCUUGAAACAUUAAUAUCUUAACAGCCUUUAUAUCUAUUAUAGACAUGUUUGCGCAGUGGCGAACCUAUAGGCCUUUAGUGUGGGACAGGUUCGUGAUUGUGAAAGGACAGCAACCAUAAUACCAGCGCACUCAUGUAGGAGAGUGCACUUUUUGUGAAACACAAAGGGCCAGUGGUGUAUCCCUACUUCUUAAUCCGUAUUGAUGCGUAUCAAAGUAGUGUAGUGGAGGUAUACGAUUGAUCAAUUAUGUCGUACAAUAGAGAAAUCAUGCACAAAGUAGCUUAUGUGAUGGUCCAGAGGGUGGUGCGGUCUGCCCAACGCAUCACCGAGGGCACACUGCCUGCCCUCCUGGACACCUACAGCACCCGAUGUCACAGGAAGGCCAAAAAUAUAAUCAAGGACAUCAACCACCCGAGCCACGGCCUGUUCACCCCGCUAUCAUCCAGAAGGCAAGGUCAGUACAGGUUAAUCAAUGCUGGGACUGAGAGACUGAAAAACUGCUUCUAUCUCAAGGCCAUCAGACUGUUAAAUAGCCAUCACUAGCCGGCUACCACAUGGUUACUCAACCCUGCACCUUAGAGGCUGCUGCCCUAUAUACAUAGACAUGAAAUCACUGGUCACUUUAAUAAUGGAACACAAGUCACUUUAAUAAUGUUUAAGUACUGCUUUACUCAUCUCAUAUGUAUAUACUGUAUUCUAUUCUACUGUAUUUUAGUCAAUGCCACUCCGACAUUGCUCGUCCUAAUAUUUAUAUUUUUCUUAAUUUGAUUAUUUUACUUUUAGAUUUGCGUUUAUUGUUGUGAAUUGUUCGAUACUACUCCACUGUUGGAGCUAGGAACACAAUCAUUUUGCUACACCCACAAUAUCAUCUGCUAAAUAUGUGUGUGACCAAUAAAAUGUGAUUUGAUUUUUACACAUUCGCAAAGCACGUGAAAUAGAUUCACAUGCGCACCGCACACAUAGCCUAGUUUUAGCGGAAUAUCAUCUGCAGGCAGCAAGAGUGUGCAGUUUUCAACUGGUUUUGGCAUGGAGCAGCUCACAGAAUAAUUACAUCAGUAGCCGGUAGGCUAGGAAAUAUGUUUUAAUUUAUGAUAUCUACCAGUAAAUGCUAACUAAGGCAACAAUGGGUAUGCAAACCAGGUAUUAACUUUAGUCUGAAGUGUUGGUUAGUAGGCUAUUUGUGAUGCGCAAUUGUCAUCAUGCGCUGUUUGCAUCAGUGGCGUAAACAUGGAUGGGCAUUGGUGGACAGAGGCCCACCCACUGGGGAGCCAGGCCCUGACAGACCCACCCAAUUAGAUUGAUGUGGUUUAAGCAUUGUUGUGGACUUAGACCAUCACAUUUUUGUAUUUCUUCUAUUUUUAAAAAGUAAGACUUUGAUGAGUGAAAAUCUGAAAAAUCUAUAGGAAAACUCAUUAAAGAAAACAGGAAAACAUAGGAUUUUUCACACAUGGUGUGAAACUUUUCCAGGCUCCACUACACCACUGCAUAGGGCCAAUGUAAAGACAGCAGUCCAUAAACAUGGACAUAAUAAGCCAGUAAGAAUGCAAAAACACAACCAUUAAGCAUUUCCCAAUCGAAAUGUACAACUAUGACUUCCCAUUGCAAAAAACAUUUCAUGUUUAGCACACAAAGUAACCGGUGAACUAAAGUUUUUAAAGUGGAACUGAACUACUUUGCAGAUAUGAAACAAACAGACAAUCAUAUCAGUCAAAAAUAUCAAAUUCCCAGUCUAUGCUACAAAACCAACUUUAUAAAAGGUUUAUAAAAGGCUGGGAAUGUCAAUACAAUUAAACUAGCAAGGGUAAUGAUCACAAGUCAGUCAUAACGUGGCUAAUACGCUAGCGUAUCUACUUAUGUAGCAAGCUAAAAACACUGAGCCUAAUGUUAGCUAACUGCUAGGAGGAUGUCAUGUCAUGCCAUUAGAGGAGUGGGUGAGUGACUGACCUUUUCCCGUCAUAUCGUUUUUCGGUGGCUAUACACAGCUAGAGAUGCAGGUGUCAUUUGAUUAGCUAGCAAGAACUUAUGCUAACUGGAUAACAGUAUCUUGCGUUCACAAAUUCACUCUGGCUAUCUACUCCAAUUUCAGAGCACUCUCGUCUGAGUGUGCUAGAGCGCAGAACAACUGAUUAAUUUACGAACGCUCAACACCCUCUGAAUAUGACCGGUGUCAGUAAAUGUAGGCAAAAAAAGUAAUAGUUAGCCAAGAACACUCUAGAUAACAUUUAAACAGCCUAACCAGCUUUGCUACGGCGAGUAAAAUGGUCAGAGUGAGGUGUUCUCUCAUUUGUGUCUGGAAGUAGCUAGCUAGCAAGCUAGCCAACUUUAGCCAGUUAGCUUGGUGCUUGGUGGGACUUUAUUUAUUUUUAUUUCACCUUUAUUUAACCAGGUAAGCCAGUUGAGAACAAGUUCUCAUUUACAAUUGUGACCUGGCCAAGAUAAAGCAAAGCAGUGCGAUUAAAAACAACAACACAGAGUUACAUAUGGGGUAAACAAAACAAAGUCAAAAAUACAACAGAAAAUAUAUAUAUACAGUGUGUGCAAAUGUUAUGGAGGUAUGGCUAUAAAUAGACCAUAGUGCAAAAUAAUUUACAAUUUAGUAUUAACACUGGAAUGAUAGAUGUGCAAGAGAUGAUGUGCAAAUAGAGAUACUGGGGUGCAAAUUAGCAAGAUAAAUAACAAUAUGGGGAUGAGGUAGUUGGGUGGGCUAAUUUCAGAUGGGCUGUGUACAGGUGCAGUGAUCGGUAAGGUGAUCUGACAACUGAUGCUUAAAGUUAGUGAGGGAGAUAGGAGUCUCCAGCUUCAGAGAUUUUUGCAGUUCGUUCCAGUCAUUGGCAGCAGAGAACUGGAAGGAAUGGCGGCCAAAGGAGGUGUUGGCUUUGGGGACAAGCUUGCAUUGGCAGGCAAGCUGCAGAAGGACGAGGCUACAAUUCCCCAUCGUUUAUCAGUGCAAUUUUGAUGACCAACUAGCUGAAAAAGUUUGAAAGGGUUUAUCUAAUGUUCCUUCGUUAGAUUUUAGCUAAUCUUGCUCUGGCUAGCAUUAGUUGUUGAUCUUGUUGUUGUUGAUGUGCAUAACUGAGGGAGAGAGAGCCUACCUUUUCAUGGUUGUUUGAUCAAUAGGACUAAAGUUCCCAAAUGUAAGAGGACUCCCGUGGUGUUUACAUAUUUGCUGAAAUCUAUUCAGGUGUAUUUUGUGGCUUUUGGCGAAUGCGUUCUAAUGAUCUAAAGUUGCGCUGUUGCAACUGCCUGUAAGCACACAAUCCAGUUCAAAGUGAAUGAUGGCAGGCCCGUGUGGCAAAUGGCUUGUUUGUACAGUGGGGAAAAAAAGUAUUUAGUCAGCCACCAAUUGUGCAAGUUCUCCCACUUAAAAAGAUGAGAGAGGCCUGUAAUUUUCAUCAUAGGUACACGUCAACUAUGACAGACAAAUUGAGAAAAAAAAUUGCAGAAAAUCACAUUGUAGGAUUUUUAAUGAAUUUAUUUGCAAAUUAUGGUGGAAAAUAAGUAUUUGGUCACCUACAAACAAGCAAGAUUUCUGGCUCUCACAGACCUGUAACUUCUUCUUUAAGAGGCUCCUCUGUCCUCCACUCGUUACCUGUAUGAAUGGCACCUGUUUGAACUUGUUAUCAGUAUAAAAGACACCUGUCCACAACAUCAAACAGUCACACUCCAAACUCCACUAUGGCCAAGACCAAAGAGCUGUCAAAGGACACCAGAAACAAAAUUGUAGACCUGCACCAGGCUGGGAAGACUGAAUCUGCAAUAGGUAAGCAGCUUGGUUUGAAGAAAUCAACUGUGGGAGCAAUUAUUAGGAAAUGGAAGACAUACAAGACCACUGAUAAUCUCCCUCGAUCUGGGGCUCCACGCAAGAUCUCACCCCGUGGGGUCAAAAUGAUCACAAGAACGGUGAGCAAAUAUCCCAGAGCCACACGGGGGGACCUAGUGAAUGACCUGCAGAGAGCUGGGACCAAAGUAACAAAGCCUACCAUCAGUAACACACUACGCCGCUAGGGACUCAAAUCCUGCAGUGCAAGACGUUUCCCCCUGCUUAAGGCAGUACAUGUCCAGGCCCGUCUCAAGUUUGCUAGAGUGCAUUUGGAUGAUCCAGAAGAUCAUUGGGAGAAUGUCAUAUGGUCAGAUGAAACCAAAAUAUAAAUUUUUGGUAAAAACUCAACUCAUCGUGUUUGGAGGACAAAUAAUGCUGAGUUGCAUCCAAAGAACACCAUACCUACUGUGAAGCAUGGGGGUGGAAACAUCAUGCUUUGGGGCUGUUUUUCUGCAAAGGGACCAGGACGACUGAUCCGUGUAAAGGAAAGAAUGAAUGGGGCCAUGUAUCGUGAGAUUUUGAGUGAAAACCUCCUUCCAUCAGCAAGGGCAUUGAAGAUGAAACGUGGCUGGGUCUUUCAGCAUGACAAUGAUCCCAAACACACCGCCCGGGCAACGAAGGAGUGGCUUCGUAAGAAGCAUUUCAAGGUCCUGGAGUGGCCUAGCUAGUCUCCAGAUCUCAACCCCAUAGAAAAUCUUUGGAGGGAGUUGAAAGUCCGUGUUGCCCAGCGACAGCCCCAAAACAUCACUGCUCUAGAGGAGAUCUGCAUGGAGGAAUGGGCCAAAAUACCACCAACAGUGUGUGAAAACCUUGUGAAGACUUACAUAAAACGUUUUACCUGUGUCAUUGCCAACAAAGGGUAUAUAACAAAGUAUUGAGAAACUUUUGUUAUUGACCAAAUACUUAUUUUCCACCAUAAUUUGCAAAUAAAUUCAUAAAAAAUCCUACAAUGUGAUUUUCUGGAUUUUUUUUCCUCAUUUUGUCUGUCAUAGUUGACGUGUACCUAUGAUGAAAAUUACAGGCCUCUCUCAUCUUUUUAAGUGGGAGAACAUGCACAAUUGGUGGCUGACUAAAUACUUUUUUUCCCCACUGUAUAAAGGUCUACUGUAGCUCUGAUUUGGCUAAAGCGCACUGGUCUGUGUAGCCUCUGGUCUGUUUUAUUUACUGCAGUGUCUAUUAAUUGUCCAAACGCACGGCCACUUUCCCAUUAUAUUCUGCUAUAGAAUUUCCACAAAUUCCUUAGUAUACGUAAUUCCCAAACAUUCUAAGAAUUUAUGAAAAUGUGAAAAUGACCAUAUCUAAGUGGUUGCUUGUCAGAAAAUGUAUUUAAUUAUUAUUUUUUUUAAAUAGUUUAAUUCUUCCUGGGGUUGUAUAUGAACAGAUUUUAAUAAGAUUUCAUGUUGGUAAAAUGCUGUCUGUUCCACUUUAAAUGCAACAAUGUUUCACACACAUACAUUAUUUUCAAAGAGAUGGCUAACAACAGCAAGUGCGCUGCAAUAAAAUACACAGUUCCACUCACCAUAUGAUGAUAAUUUGAAACUUAACUUCUUGUUGAAAGUUAUUCUUGAAAAGGGAGAAGCUAACAAAUUAGCAACAACAUCCUCUUUGAUAACACCUACUGCAUCCGCUGCAAACUAGCUGACAACAAAAGCUAGCUAGACCGUGGGAAAACUACUGCUCACUAUUGCGCAGUGACCUGUUGAAGUUUCCAUAAGUUUUUGUAAAAAAGGUCCCAUCCAUUAAGUCAAAAUGUGAUUGGUUAAUUCCACUGUCAAUCGAAAUGUUUGCCCUAAUACAGUUGAAUGGCAGUUGCCUUUAUCUAGCUUCUGAUGGCCUAGCCAAUGGCUAACUUAGCUAGCUAGAUUUAUCUCCCCAGAGACCAGCAAAGAAAAAUCCUGAUUGGAUCUUUUUUUCUCUUCAGCGUUGACCCUUUCCUUUCCAACAAAAACUGAACAAAUUAAAUCAGAACAUCAUUGAAAAUAAUAAUAUAAUUAUCGUUAUUAUAUUAUUAUCAUUAUUUUAUAAAUCCUUAGCCCUUCUCUGAAGGCGUAGAAGGCCCAUUGUUCCCCACUGUGUUUGGGUUAGUAAUAAUUUGUAGGGUGGCUCUAUUUUCCGUCAGCAUGCUCUUUAAUUAAUUUGUUACUUUUAUUUCGUAUUAUUAUUUUUUAUUUUUUUAUUUUUUGGUGUUCUUUCUUAAAACUGCAUUGUUGGUUAUGGGCUUGUAAGUAAGCAUUUCACUGUUGUAUUCGGCGCAUGUGACAAAUAAAAUUUGAUUUGAUAAAGAAUCCAUAUGUUGUUCUGAAAUAUGAACACAGAAAAACUGGACAUUUUGAACUCUUAUUAUGGUGGUGAUUUGACAAAAUUACAAUCAUGGUCUUGUCUCGGACCCCUUAUCCCCCUCCCGGUCUUGGUGUUGUCUCAGUGUCGCCCCCCCCUCCGGUCUUGGUCUUGACUCUGAUUCGAUUUGCUCCGGUCUUGGUCUUGAAUCGGUCUCGCUUUAGGUGGUCUCGAACACAACACUGCCUACUACCAUACCCCGUUCAAAGGCACUUAAAUAUUUUGUGUGGCCCAUUCACCCUCUGAAUGGCACACAUACACAAUCCAUGUCUCAAUUGUUUCAAGGCUUAAAAAUUAUUAUUAUAUAUGUCUCCUCCCCUUCAUCUACACUGAUUGAAGUGGAUUUACCAAGUGACAUCAAUAAAGGAUCAUAGCUUUAACCUGGAUUCACCUGGUCAGUCUAUGUCAUGAUAAGAGCAGGUGUUCAUAAUGUUUUGUACACUCAGUGUAUGUUUAUUGAAGUAGUCAAAAGUUGAGUAUUUGGUCCCAUAUUCCUAGCAUGAAUGGUCCACCACCCAAAGGACAUCCAGGCAAAUUUACACAACUGUGGGAGGCAUUGGAGUCUACAUGGGCCAGUAUUUGGUCCCAUAUUCCUAGCACACAAUGAUUACAUCAAGGUUGUGACUCUACAAACUUGUUGGAUGCAUUUGCUGUUUGUUUUGGUUGUUUCAUAUUAUUUUGUGCCCAAUAGAAAUGAAUGGUAAAUAAUGUGUUUGUCAUUUUUAAGUCACUUUUAAAUAAGAAUAGAAUAUGUUUCUAAACACUUCUACAUUCAUGUAGAUUCUAGCAUGAUUACGGAUAAUCCGGAAUGAAUCGUAAAUAAUGAUGAGUCAGUGAGAAAGUUAUGGACGCACAAAUAUCAUACCCCCAAGACAUGCUAACCUCUCACCAUUACAAUAACAGGGGAGGUUAGCAUUUUUGGGGGGUAUGAUAUUUAUGCUUCUGUAACUUUCUCACUCAUCAUUAUUCUAAAUUUAUUCAGGAUUAUCCGUAAUCAUGGUAGCAUCCACAUUAAUGUAGAAGUGUUUAGAAACAUUAUAUUCUUAUUUACAAUAAAAGUGAUUCCAAAAUGACAAAAUACAUUAUUUACCAUUCAUUUAUAUUGGAUACUACAAUUUACAGCAAAAUUCUACGGCAAGCCAUGAAGGACAUGAUCUCCCAUAACUAUGACCGCUUCUCCAAGGUUGGGUCAUCCUCUGCUUUCUCUGGCUUCAUGGCACGUAAGUACAUGUUAAAGAAAAAUCGAUACAGCUAUGUGAUAUAAUCAUAGAUGGAUAAAGUUCAUUGUUUUGUUGAUUAGCCAAUUUAUGUACUGUAUAAUUAUGUUUAUAACUAAAUCAACUUCCUGCAGGUACCGCUGAUGCCACUACCACCUACAGUCUGGACAUUCUGUACUCUGGCUCGGGGGUCCUCAGGAGGAGCAACAUGAACAUCUACGGAGCCAGUAACGGCGCCCUGCUACAUGGCCUCCAGGUAAUGAGAAUGAAUUGGUGAAUUGAUAAUGAAGAAAUUAUAUCAUUAUAUUUACAGUGCCUUCAGAAAGUAUUCCAGGGUUUGCACAAGGUGCUUGAGGUGCUUAAAGUACUUGAAUUUGGCACUCUGAAAUUCAAGUACUGGAAUACCUUAAAUCAGACAUUUUCUCAAGUUGGUAGUUGAAAAGUACCUGAAUUAAAAUGAGAGGACAACAGAAAAUGAUCAAAUAUGUUAAUAUGAAAAAUAUUAGAAAAAUGUGAUCUAAUUUCCAGGCAGACUACCAAGUUUUAUUUCCUCACGUGUUUCGCGCUCUGGUUACCAGGUGAGCUUGCUCAUUCCACUGGCGCCAGACAGGUACAGAACUGACUGAUUAGGCGCCUCCAAAUGUCAAUUCGAUAGCUAAAAUGCCGGGCAAAUGUAGAUUUAAUCCUUCCUGGCAGGAUAUUGAUAUUUAUACAUCGGGUUUGCCAGACGCAACCAGGGAUAUAGUGGAGGAUAAACGCCAUUUACGCACCUUUUUAUUUGCGAAAUAGCGUUUACUCACCUUUUUUUAUUUUGUUAAUCUAAUCACGCCUACCUCUGCGAACGAGUGGAAUCAUGAGUAAUUCAUGUAUGCUCGUUAUGUUUGCCUGCUCCCGCCGGAAUUGGAUGGUUAGCAGCGCAUUAAUUCACUACUCUGUCCAACGGGAAACUCCGCCCACGACAUAGGCAGAGAGGUGAAACUAACUAGCUCAGCAGAGACCUACAGUAGCAAGUGGCAGAGAGACGCCGCUGACAGUGGGAUUUUUUUUAACAUCCCUCGACACCUGCCGUUUCAACAGACAUCCCCCAAACAAAAACCCCCUGACUCUCGGAGAAUGAGUUUACAACGUCUAAAUAGUAACAGAUAUUUCAGUCAGAUGUCUAGCUAGCUAGCUAGGUAUCUCAAGGGCUGGCUAUUAGCCAGGUAGCUAGCUAUAACUAUUCUGAACAAAAAUAUAAACGCAACAUGCAACAAUUUCAUCGAUUUUACUGAGGUACAGUUCAUAUAAGGAAAUCAGUCAAUUGAAAUACAUUCGUUAGGCCCUAAUCUAUGGAUUUCACAUGACUGCGCAGGUGCGCAGCCAUGGGUGGGCCUUGGAGGGCAUAGGCCCACCCACUGGGGAGCCAGGCCCAGCCAAUCAGAAUAUGUUUUUACCCACAAAAGGGCUUUAUUACAGACAGAAAUAUUCCUCAAUUUCAUCAGCUGUCCGGGUGGCUGGUCUUAGACGAUCCAGCAGGUGAAGAUGCCGGAUGUGGAGGUCCUGGGCUAGUGUGGUUACACGUGGUAUUACCCUGGUAUUCACAAAGUGGGAUUAAAAUUGAUUUAAUUGUCAUUUUUUGUCAACCAUCUACACAAAAUACUCUGUCAAAGUGGAAGAAAAAUUCUAAAAAAAAAAGGAAAAUAAGACACUAUCUUCAUUAGAUAAGUAUUCAAACCCCUGAGUCAAUACAUAUUAGAAUCACCUUUGGCAGCAAUUACAUCUGUGAGUCUUUCUGGAUAAGUCUCUAAGAUCUUUCCACACCUGGAUUGUGCAACAUUUUCCCAUUUAUUAUUUUCAAAAUUCUUCAAGCUCUGUCAUAUUGGUUGUUGAUCAGUGCUAGCAACCAUUUUCAGGUCUUGCCAUAGAUUUUGAGGCAGAUUUAAGUCAAAACGUAACUCGGCCACUCAGGAAUAUUCACUGUCUUUUUGGUAAGCAACUCCAGUGUAGAUUUGGCAUUUUGGGUUAUUGUCCUGCUGUGCUUUCAUCUUCCAGUGUCUGGUGGAAAGCAGACUGAACCAGGUUUUCCUCUAGAAUUUUGCCUGUGCUUAGCUCUAUUCCGUUUAUAUUUUAUUCUAAAAAAGUCCUUUACGAUUACAAGCAUACCCAUAACAUGAUGCAGCCACCACUAUGCUUGAAAAUAUGGAGAGUGGUACUCGGUAAUGUGUUGUAUUGGAUUUGCCCCAAACAUAACACUUAGUAUUCAGGACAAAAAGUGAAUUGCUUUGCCACAUUUUCUGCAGUAUUACUUUAGUGCCUUGUUGCAAACAGUAUGCAUUGUUUUGGAAUAUGUUUUAUUCUGUACAGGCUUCCUUCUUGUCAGUUAGGUUAGUAUUGUGGAGUAACUACAAUGUUGGUGAGCCAUCCUCAGUUUCCUCCUAUCACAGCCAUUUAAACUCUAACUGUUUUAAAGUCACUAUUGGCCUCAUGGUGAAAUCCCUGAGCGGUUUCCUUCCUCUCCGGCAACAGCGUUAGGAAGGACACCUGUAUCUUUGUAGUGACUGUGUGUAUUGAUACACUAUCGAAAGUGUAAUUCAUAACUUCACCAUUCUCAAAGGGAUAUUUAAUGUCUGCCUUUUUUUUUUUUUUUACCCAUCUACCAAAAGGUGCCCUUCUCUGUGAGGCAUUGGAAAACCUCCAAACCUCCCUGGUCUUUGUGGUUGAAUCUGUGUUUGAAAUUCACUGCUCAACUGAGAGACCUUACAGAUAAUUGUAUGUAUUGGGUGCAGAGAUGAGGUAGUCAUUCAAAAAUCAUGUUAAACACUAUUAUUGCACUCAGAGUGAGUCCAUAUAACUUAUUAUGACUUGUUAAGCAAUUCUACUCCUGAACUUAUUUAGGCUUGCCAUAACAAAGGGGUUGAAUACUUAUUGACUCAAGACAUUUCAGCUUUUCAUUUGUAAUUAAUUUGUAAAAAUGUUGAGAAACAUAAUUCCACUUUGACAUUAUGGGGUAUUGCUUGUAGGCCAGUGAUACAUUUAAUCCAUUUUAAAUUCAGGAUGUAACACAACAAAAUGUGGAAAAAGUCAAGGGGUGUGAAUACUGUCUGAACACACUAUAUCACUAUCAUUGUCAUUGUGUUAUUAUAUUCCAUGUCAUUUAUCAGACACUUUUAUCCAAAGCGAUUAUCUGUUAUAGGUUUUUACCUCUAGAUAAUUUUAAUAUUAAACAGUGGGUAUCAUAAGUAUUCACCCCCCUUGGAUUUUUUCACAUUUUGUUGUGUUACAAUGUGGGAUUGAAAUAGAUGUAAUUGUGUUGUUGUUUUUUGUCAUUGACCUAAGCAAAGAAAAUGUGUAUAUACAGUGGGGAGAACAAGUAUUUGAUACACUGCAGAUUUUUCAGGUUUUCCUACUUACAAAGCAUGUAGAGGUCUGUAAUUUUUAUCAUAGGUACACUUCAACUGUGAGAGACGGAAUCUAAAACAAAAAUCCAGAAAAACACAUUGUAUGAUUUUUAAGUAAUUAAUUUGCAUUUUAUUGCAUGACAUAAGUAUUUGAUCACCUACCAACCAGUAAGAAUUCCGGCUCUCACAGACCUGUUAGUUUUUCUUUAAGAAGCCCUCCUGUUCUCCACUCAUUACUGGAUUAACUGCACCUGUUUGAACUCGUUACCUGUAUAAAAGACACCUGUCCACACACUCAAUCAAACAGACUCCAACCUCUCCACAAUGGCCAAGACCAGAGAGCUGUGUAAGGACAUCAGGGAUAAAAUUGUAGACCUGCACAUGGCUGGGAUGGGCUACAGGACAAUAGGCAAGCAGCUUGGUGAGAAGGCAACAACUGUUGGCGCAAUUAUUAGAAAAUGGAAGAAGUUCAAGAUGACGGUCAAUCACCCUUGGUCUGGGGCUCCAUGCAAGAUCUCACGUCGUGGGGCAUCAAUGAUCAUGAGGAAGGUGAGGGAUCAGCCCAGAACUACACGGCAGGACCUGGUCAAUGACCUGAAGAGAGCUGGGAACACAGUCUCAAAGAAAACCAUUAGUAACACACUACGCCGUCAAUGAUUAAAAUCUUGCAGCGCACGCAAGGUCCCCCUGCUCAAGCCAGCGCAUAUCCAGGCCCGUCUGAAGUUUGCCAAUGACCAUCUGGAUGAUCCAGAGGCGGAAUGGGAGAAGGUCAUGUGGUCUGAUGAGACAAAAAUGUAGCUUUUUGGUCUAAACUCCACUCGCCGUGUUUGGAGGAAGAUGAAGGAUGAGUACAACCCCAAGAACACCACCCCAACCGUGAAGCAUGGAGGUGGAAACAUCAUUCUUUGGGGAUGCUUUUCUGCAAAGGGGACAGGACGACUGCACCGUAUUGAGGGGAGGAUGGAUGGGGCCAUGUAUCGCGAGAUCUUGGCCAACAACCUUCUUCCCUCAGUAAGAGCAUUGAUGAUGGGUCGUGGCUGGGUCUUCCAGCAUGACAACGACCCGAAACAAACAGCCAGGGCAACUAAGGAGUGGCUCCGUAAGAAGCAUCUCAAGGUCCUGGAGUGGCCUAGCCAGUCUCCAGACCUGAACCCAAUAGAAAAUCUUUAGAGGGAGCUGAAAGUCUGUAUUGCCCAGCGACAGCCCCGAAACCUGAAGGAUCUGGAGAAGGUCUGUAUGGAGGAGUGGGCCAAAAUCCCUGCUGCAGGGUGUGCAAACCUGGUCAAGACCUACAGGAAACGUAUGAUCUCUGUAAUUGCAAACAAAGGUUUCUGUACCAAAUAUUAAGUUCUGCUUUUCUGAUGUAUCAAAUACUUAUGUCAUGCAAUAAAAUGCAAAUUAAUUACUUAAAAAUCAUACAAUGUGAUUUUCUGGAUUUUUGUUUUAGAUUCCAUCUCUCACAGUUGAAGUGUAUCUAUGUUAAAAAUUACAGACUUCUACAUGCUUUGUAAGUAGGAAAACCUGCAAAAUCGGCAGUGUAUCAAAUACUUGUUCUCCCCACUGUAUAUAUAUAUUUUUUAUAAAAUUACAUUUAUAAAAAUGUAAUAACUAACAUAUAGUCAUUGCAUAAGUAUUCACCCCCUUUGUUUAGGCAAGCCUAAAUUAGCUCAGGAGUAACAUUUGGCUUAACAAAUCACAUAAAAAGUUACAUGGAAUCACUUGUAUGAAAUAAUAGGGUUUUACAUUAUUUCUACAGCAUCUGUAUGGUCCUUCUGUCAAGUAUUGAAUUUCAAGCACAGAUUCAACCACAAAGACCAAGGAGCUUUUCGAUAGCAUCAUAAACAAGGGCAGUGAUUGGUAGAUGGGUAACAAUAACAAAUCAGAAAUUGAAUAUCUCAAGUUAAUAAUUACGCUGUGGAUGAUGUAUUAAACCACCCAGAAAUAUCAAAGAUACAGUCGUCCUUCUGAACUGAGCUGCAGGAUAGGACGGACACUGCUCAGGGGUGUCACCAUGAGGCCAUUGGCGAUUUUAAAACAGCUACAGAGUUCAAUGACUGUGAUGGGAGAAAAUUGAGGAUGGAUCAAUAACAUUGAAGUGACUCCACAAUAAUGACCUAAAUGAAAGAGUGAAAAGAAGAUAAAAAAUAUACAUAAUACAAAUAUUCCAAAACAUGCAUCCUGUAUGCAACAAGGCACUAAAGUAAUACUGGAAAAAAAAACACUGCAAAGGAAUACACUUUUUGGUCUAAAUGCAAAGCCUUAAUGUUUGGGGAAAAUCCAACACAAUACAUCACUGAGUAACUGCCUCCUUAUUUUCAAGCAUGGUGGUGGCUGCAUCAUGGUAUGGGUUGACAUAGGCAAAGACAGGGGAGUUUUUCAGGAUAAAAAGAAAAGAGAUGGAGCUAAGGACAGGCAAAAUCCUGGAGGAAAACCUGCUUCAGUCUGCUUUACACCAGAUACUGCAGGACAAUAACCUACAACACAAGGCCAGAUCUACAUUGGAGUUGCUUACCAAGAAGACAGUGAAUGUUCCUGAGUGGCCAAGUUACAGUUUUGACUUGAAUCUGCUUGAACAUCUAUGGCAAGACUUGAAAAUUGCUGUCUAGCCAUGAUCCCCAACAUCUUGACAGAGCUUGAAGAAUUCUUUAAAGAAUAAUAGGCAAAUAUUGCACAAUCUAGGUGUGCAAUGGUCUUAGACUCACCGCUGUAAUCGCUGCCAAAGGAGUGAUUCUAACAUGUAUUGACUUCGGGGGUGAAUACUUUACAGAUUUAUUUUUAAAAUAAUCUGUAAAAAAUGUUAGAAUUUUUCUUCCACUUUGACAUUAGAGUAUUUUCUGUAGAUCAUUGACAAAAAAUUACUAUUCAAUCCUUUGUAACACAAUACAAUUUUAAGAAAUCCAAGGGGGGUGAAUACUUAUGAUACCCACUGUAUAUGUAGUCAUGUAGAAGAGCAGAUUCUAAGAUCUCGCACGCUCUUGGGUUAAGUUUGCCCUAGGUACAGCUUAUUUUAUUGGGGAAAAUGCAAAACUGAACCCAAGAUCAGUGUUUAGGGGCAACUUCACCUUACACUGACUUGCUGCACUCAACAAAGGAAGGUGGACCAACCAACAGUGCCAACUUGUUGACAGUAAUAUCUGAUUGCCAUAUUUUAUCUCGCUGUCCAGGUGGCGAUUGAGGCCCAAGGCAUGGAGUCCCUGAUCGCGGCCAAGCCGGACGAAGGCGAGGAGGACCUGGAGUCCUUUGCUGGGAUGUCGGCCCUGCUCUUCGACGUCCAGCUGCGGCCUGUGACCUUCUUCAAGGGCUACAGUGACCUCAUGUCCAAGAUGUUCUCCAUGUCCGGCGAGCCCAUGAACGUGGUGAAGGGCCUGAUUUUGCUCACUGACCACUCCCAGGUUGGCACUCUUAAAUCAAUGAAUCAACCAAUGAGUCACUCAGUCAAUCCAUCAAACAAUCAGUCAAUCGAACAAUCAAACUUUAUUUAAAGUGUUGUUUAAAAAAAAUCACAACACACAAAUGAACUUUGAGUUCGUUCAACUUGGUCUUCUGUAUUAUAUAAAGUCACUGGUACCUCAGACAUUUUUUUACUAAUAUCUUCAUAUAGACUCAUAUAAACUAUUGUAUGUGUUGGUAUCGACCUAGGCAACAUUUUAGCUGUCAAUGCCUUCUUCAGCCACUUGGUUUCAAAUCUCUCUGACACUAGCACUCACUGGCCCAGACGGGCAAGCAGCUAUUGUGUUUUCUUUCCUCACUCCUGUUUUCUCAUUCUCUCUUCUCCUACAUCCUUUCAGGUCAUCCAGCUUCAGUCUGGGUUGAAGGCCAACGCCGAGUUCCAGGGUGGUUUGGCCAUCGACAUCUCAGGAGGCAUGGAGGUCAGCCUGUGGUACAGGGAGUCCAAGACCAGCGUCAACAACAAGUAGGGAACCUGGGUUCAAUAGUGAUGGGCAGAAUGCAAACAAAACACUUUUUCAAUUUGAGCAUUCUUCUCAUAUGUUGCCAACUGAAUGUACUUAGUCAUGCUUAUUGUUGGAUAGUUUUGAAUAAUCAUCGCACAAUAAUGACAAAAGGUAGACAAGCUUUGGCGGGCUCAGAUUAGAGAAAAAGGUAAAGAUUCAAUCCAAUGUGUGUUAUAGAAUAGCAAACUAUAACUGACUUUUAAGCCGAGAUGUGCAGCAUUUACAAACUCAAUUGGUAAUACAUGAUUGACAGUGGUGAGGCCUGGAUGGAGGAUUGAUGUUAACUACACGAUCAAAAAAUGACGACUGAUUCAUUUCAUCCACUGAUUCAUAGAGCACGCUCGCGAAUGGUGACGUGACAAUUCUUGUCUCAUCAGAUAUAUGUGGAGGUGACAUCAUUUCAUUCAGCUCUAGAUUAGAGUAGUUGACUGAUUGAUGCUUGCUGUCAAUGCAAACACAAUAACAAUUUCAACCAGAGAGCAUUAUCGGUCCAGUAGAUAAAUGUGACAUCAUCCAGUGAUAAAAUGGGGAUGGAAUUGUUGGAAUCUAGAUAGGUGCUUUACAGGAAUCAGGGACCGUAUUCAUAAAGGGCCCGAUUUAGUACAUUUACACCUUUUCCUACACACACCUUUCCUACGCACUUCUCAGUAGUUGGUAUUCAGACUUACCUUAUGCAGGUGCGUAAUGGGCUUUGCAGGCGUGGUUCCCUUUUGUGCACUGAAUACAUUUGAAUUCAACCGCUGAAAACCCUCAUGGAGUUUUCAUUCAAUAGGGUUUUCAGGACAUUAAUCUAAUAGCCAUCCCUUUUAAAUUUGGAGUACCUUUUUUAUUAAUUUUCUCGACAGACUCAGUAGAAUGUAUGGAGAGAGCGCUUCAGAAUAUUAGGGAUCAAUGAAAGAAAGCCAUGUAAAUACACAAAUAUUUGUCAGCACCAAUUGAUAUACAGUGGGGGAAAAAAAGUAUUUAGUCAGCCACCAAUUGUGCAAGUACUCCCACUUAAAAAGAUGAGAGAGGCCUGUAAUUUUCAUCAUAGGUACACGUCAACUAUGACAGACAAAUUGAGAGAAAAAAAUUCCAGAACAUCACAUUGUAGGAUUUUUAAUGAAUGGUGGAAAAUAAGUAUUUGGUCACCUACAAACAAGCAAGAUUUCUGGCUCUCACAGACCUGUAACUUCUUCUUUAAGAGGCUCCUCUGUCCUCCACUCUUUACCUGUAUUAAUGGCUCCUGUUUGAACUUGUUAUCAAUAUAAAAGACACCUGUCCACAACCUCAAACAGUCACACUCCAAACUCCACUACGGCCAAGACCAAAUAGCUGUCAAAGGACACCAGAAUCAAAAUUGUAGACCUGCACCAGGCUGGGAAGAUUGAAUCUGCAAUAGGUAAGCAGCUUGGUUUGAAGAAAUAAACUGUGGGAGCAAUUAUUAGGAAAUGGAAGACAUACAAGACCACUGAUAAUCUCCCUCGAUCUGGGGCUCCACGCAAGAUCUCACCCCGUGGGGUCAAAAUGAUCACAAGAACGGUGAGCAAAAAUCCCAGAACCACACGGGGGGACCUAGUGAAUGACCUGCAGAGAGCUGGGACCAAAGUAACAAAGCCUACCAUCAGUAACACACUACGCCGCCAGGGACUCAAAUCCUGCAGUGCGAGAUGUGUCCCCCUGCUUAAGCCAGUACAUGUCCAGGCCCGUCUGAAGUUUGCUAGAGUGCAUUUGGAUGAUCCAGAAGAGGAUUGGGAGAAUGUCAUGUGGUCAGAUGAAACCAAAAUAGAACUUUUUGGUAAAAACUCAACUCGUCGUGUUUAGAGGACAAAGAAUGCUGAGUUGCAUCCAAAGAACACCAUACCUACUGUGAAGCAUGGGGGUGGAAACAUCAUGCUUUGGGGCUGUUUUUCUGCAAAGGGACCAGGACGACUGAUCCGUGUAAAGGAAAGAAUGAAUGGGGCCAUGUAUCGUGAGAUUUUGAGUGAAAACCUCCUUCCAUCAGCAAGGGCAUUGAAGAUUAAACGUGUUUGGGUCUUUCAGCAUGACAAUGAUCCCAAACACACCGCCCGGGCAACGAAGGAGUGGCUUCGUAAGAAUCAUGUCAAGGUCCUGGAGUGGCCUAGCCAGUCUCCAGAUCUCAACCCCAUAGAAAAUCUUUGGAGGGAGUUGAAAGUCCGUGUUGCCCAGCGACAGCCCCAAAACAUCACUGCUCUAGAGGAGAUCUGCAUGGAGGAAUGGGCCAAAAUACCAGCAACAGUGUGUGAAAACGUUUGACCUGUGUCAUUGCCAACAAAGGGUAUAUAAGAAGGGUAUUGAGAAACUUUUGUUAUUGACCAAAUACUUAUUUUCCACCAUAAUUUGCAAAUAAAUUCAUAAAAAAUCCUACAAUGUGAUUUUCUGGAUUUUUUUCUCUCAUUUUGUCUGUCAUAGUUGACGUGUACCUAUGAUGAAAAUUACAGGCCUCUCAUCUUUUUAAGUGGGAGAACUUGCACAAUUGGUGGCUGACUAAAUACUUUUUUUCCCCACUGUAUUAUAUAUCUUGUAUAUCAUUUAGGGUUAGGAAAGUAUUUAUGAAUAGUAAAAAAAACUUGUUUGGAGACCCUUUUACGCACAGAAUAUAUUGGUGAAUCAAAAAUACGGUGGUUUGAUUCAUCCUGAAAGUUGCCAUAUUCAAUUGUUCAAUCCCUGAAAUAUUGGAAGGUGAGAAAAGUGUACAAUAGGGGUUGAACAGUAGUCCUAUAAAUCUACCCUAAUAAUCCUCACUAAUUAUGGAACUGUGAUGACAACGGUCCAGUCAUCAUGAACCGUGAGCCAGGCUCCAGGUUUAAACUGCUACGUAUGGUCUGCGUUCCAAAAUUAUUCAAAUAGGCUACAUGUCCCAAAUUAUUGCACAACUUGUAAUAUGUUAGCCUAAUAUGAUCAACUAUUGCUAGCGAUCCUCAGGAACAACCACACAAACGUGACAGAGGAAAGAAAGGUAAACUAACAAUGUAAUGGAAUAAUGCAAAAUGUAAGAAAACUAACACUAAAGUCAGUGACCGUUAUAAAUGUAUGUAGGUAUAACUGAUGGUGGCUACCAAUUGUAAAAAAUACAGUGAAAACUCAUAUAUAUAUGACAUAUAAUUAAAAUAUUCUAUAAAUCGAUUCGGUAGGUUUGGCGCUAUACUGUCAUUUGUCCAUGGCUACAGAAGCCUAUAGCUUGGGUCUCCAAAUUUCAUCCUAAAUUAUAAGGCCAGCAUUUCAUCAACUUCACUGUGGAAAAGGUGAUAUGAUGAUAUGCUUCUGUUUGCUGCCAUAUGACUGGUUUUGCAUUGGUCUCCAGCGUUCAUAACGUAAAAUAGAUCUAAAACAAUUGUCAUUUUAUAUUUACAAUCCCCUUAUCCAAAAGGUUUACUCAUUUACCUAGCUCUUAUCAGUAGCGCUUACCAAUGUUUGUAAAUUACAGUGCAUGGAGAAUGGUGUUAUUUCUAUCGGAAAAAAAGAAAGUAGAUGUUCCACAUGGAACCGACAGAUUCCUCGACCUUAUUCAUCGUUUCAUCGCGCAUAAAGGUUGUGGAAUUAUGAGGGAAUUAAGUCAAGGUCAGAAUACAGUCUAUCUGUAGACACACCUCCGCCACACCUUCUUCAUUUCUUUGAUCUCCACCCCAAAUGAAUAACAGGUGAAUAGCAUGCUAUUCUCAUGCUUAAGUUCAAGGUCAGAAUACACGUAGAGAGAAAAGUGCAUAAAAGGGAAUUACGUUCCAUUUACGCACGCUUAACUCUGGUCGGAAUUCCACCGAAAGCAUCUCAGACUAGGAUCAGGUCUCCCCUGUCCAUGUUGUAAUCUUAUUUAUUGUGAUCAAAAAGGCAAAACUGAUCCUAGAUCAGCAAUCUUACCAUGAGGCAUUUCAUUCCAGUGCUUGAAUCACCUAUUUGAGCCUAAUGGUCUUGUCUUGACAAUGUCAAGUUGUUUUGUCUUGUCAAAAUGAUGUUACCCAAGAAGUGAUUUGGUUGGUCUGAUCAUAGUGCCAUUGGGAUUGUUCAUCCAAAUAUGCUAGUUGAAGACAUGAAAUUUGCUCCAUACAUGACUUCCUAGAACUCUGAUCCAGAUACUGUAGAUAGACUUCUGCUGCUUUCUUGGUCUUUGUUUCGCGAUGACAUUUUGGGUGACGUUCUGUGUUGGCUCAAAGUCAACGAGGGGAAUGGCAGAGGCAGGUGUAUGGAUCACUUGCAGUCGUACUGUACCUCCUCUCCUCUGAUAAUAGACCAGCAGGCUAUCUAUAAGAGCAGAACAUACCCAAGUGACAUCUUUGCCAAGGCAUGCCUCCACAGACAGAUAGACAUACAGGUUUUUCAGAUGGCUUGGCAGUGGUCAUUUUGAUUUGAGAUUUCAAGCAGAGAACUAUGACGAUAGCGGUUUCAUAUUCAGACAUUCUCUGUCGUAGCCGGCCGUGACCGGGAGACCCAUGGGGCGGCGCACAAUUGGCCCAGCGUCGUCCAGGAUAGGGGAGGGAAUGGCCGGCAGGGAUGUUGGUAGAGCAUGGCGUUUGCAACGCCAGGGUUGUUGGUUCGAUUCCCACGGGGGGCCAGUAUAAAAAAUAAAAUUUAAAAAUUUAAAAAACAUAUAUAAUGUAUGCACUCACUAACUGUAAGUCGCUCUGGAUAAGAGCGUCUGCUAAAUGACUAAAAUGUAAAUGUAAAAAUUCUCAAAUUUGUAAGAGAUUUUUACCACCAGUCACCACCUGUUAAUUUUAUGUUGAGUUAAAAGGCAUUUUACUGGUCAAAGAUUUGCAAAAUGCAACUGAAUCUUAAUUUGAGAAAAUGAAAAAUUAUUCUUAUCCACCCAUGAGUUAUUUUUCAUCUGAAAUUGUGUCUAUUUGCAGGGGAGCCAUGGUGGUGACUGGGAAUGUGACCGUGGACAUGGACUUUGUGCGCACUGGGAUGGAGGUGAGCUUUGAGACAGAGGCGUCUCUAGACUUUAUCACCACGGUCCAGUUCUCAGAGUACCCUUUCCUGGUGUGCAUGCAGAUGGACAAGACCACCUUCCCCUUCAGGUAGGCCAGGGCUAAGACCAAUUACAGCCUAUUGAAUUCUACAUUGUAUUUACAGUGAAUUAUGAAUGCGUUAAUGGCUCAUUAUACUUCCACCUGUGCAGUCUCUGAUUACAUAGCUCAUGAAUUGCCAUUGUCCUUUAUUGCAGUGAGUCCCUAACAAAAUACGAGAGCCUGCCAUCGGGGAAGAGCUACAUGUCGCGCAGGGGCCACAAGCAGCUGUUGCCUGGCUCGGAGUUCCCUCUCCACCAGGAGAACUCCAACAUGUGCAAGAGAGUGUUUGACUCAGACUGGUAGUCUUCUCCGGGUCAAUCCAUCUGUAAGAAGAUGGAAGAUCUUUUGCAGAGUGUAGAGAGUUAUGGGCCAACAACCCUAUUUCGUAAUUACGUCAGUGUAAACAGCGUGUUGUAUGAGGCGGAUAAAUGGAUGCUAGCUAGCUAUGACCAUCGUAAAAUGGCAAAAGUGAACUGUCGUGUGCCUUUUUUGUUGAUCUGAUUGGAAAAUGCGUACAUUGUGUCAUCAGAGUUCAGUUUACUGCAAAAUCGCUAACUAGCGGCUAACUUGCUAGCUGUUUACUACUAUUUAUCUCCCUUUCGAUCCCACAACACAAUGCGUUAUUUACAGUGUGACAAUAGUGUAAUAAGGUUAUUCUUCGAAUGAGUCCUACUUGACAUUCUGGCUGGAGAGUUAUUUAUUGUUUUGUUUUUUUAAAGCUAUCCAGGAACACCUACUGUAUCACACCACAGGCAAAAAACAUUCAUGUUUACAUUCUUAAUUCAACGUUUUAUUUCAAAUCAGAAAUUUCUCUGGUGCCUUUUUUAUUAAUUUGUUUGCAUAUCUAUUUAUAUGGGUAUAUGAGUAUCAUAUACAUUAUGUGGUAUAUACUCAAUAUAGCUAAGUGAUACAAACACAAUAUUCACCUAUGUAAAUAUGGUACAUAGCAUUGGGUGAGCUGAUGCUGUGGUUGAAUUUACUGUCAUUUACAUAAAUGCUCACAUUACACAGUUUCUAGUUUGUUUGUUUAAUUGAAGACAUGGAUGUGGUUUCCAAGGCUGCAAAGAUUGAAUGACAUUAAAGUCAUUGCGUAACAAUGUAAAAUAAUGUAUACAGUACUUGAUUCACUCUGUAGCAAGAUUGAAGGAGCUUUGACAUGAGACCAGAUAACGCUGGGUUAAUUUAUUGAAUUAAUUUCUAUGAUUUUAAUUUCUGGAUGUUAAACAUGUACAGUACCAGUCAAAUGUUUUGACACACCUACUCAUUCAAGGG